ACGUCAAAGAUUCCUCCAUAGUUUACUUUAGUCCCCUUCCAGUUCCCCCCAGUUCCCUCUUCCCCCCAUCUUCCAAGGCUUCAACUUCAAGGCUUCGACUUCUUUACUUAUAAAUAAACUCCCACUUUUGUCUUUCCCUUUGUCCCAGUGUCCCCAACCCCAACUAUCUUCUCACAUCUGUCUCUCUUUCUUUCUGUGCUUCACCUUUUUCCAGCUGUGAUUACUCCCUUUUGGUCUUUUCCAAUUAAUACACACACACAGAUACAUAAACCAUAAACAACUUUUGUUUCUGCAGCAAUAUCAGCAUGGCUCCUAAGUUGGUAUUCUUGAUGCUUAUGGUCUUCUUGACUAUAAGCUUCAAUCAGGUGUUAGCUUCAGAUCCAGACAUGCUUCAAGAUGUUUGUGUUGCUGAUCUCACAGGUAAACCGAAGGUGAACGGAUUCAUUUGCAAGGAAAAUAUAACGGCUAAUGACUUCUUCACCACCAUCCUUGGCACCCCAGGAGCCACCAACAAUACCUUCGGGUCAGUGGUCACGGGAGCCAAUGUUGAGAAGGUCCCUGGUCUCAACACCCUAGGUGUGUCCCUGUCCAGGAUCGACUACGCCCCUGGUGGCCUGAAUCCACCCCACACCCACCCCCGUGCCACAGAAAUGGUGUUUGUAUUGGAAGGUGAACUAGAUGUUGGUUUCAUAACCACUGCCAAUGUCCUCGUUUCCAAGUCCAUCAAGAAAGGUGAAGUAUUCGUCUUCCCCAGAGGCCUAGUCCACUUCCAGAAGAAUAAUGGGAAGGUGGCAGCAGCCGUUAUCUCGGCCUUCAACAGCCAAUUGCCUGGAACUCAAGGCAUUUCAGUAACAUUAUUUGCAUCUAAUCCACCAGUUCCGGAUAAUGUGUUGACCAUGGCAUUCCAAAUUGGUACCAAAGAAGUUGAGAAAAUCAAAUCAAGGCUCGCCCCCAAGAAGUAGAUGAUACACUGAUUUAAAAGCAAGACGUCGUAUUCAUGUUGUUCUUCAAAAUAAAAAAUAAAAUAAAAUAAAAAAGAAGCGGAUUCGAAGUUAGUUUGUCAUUUCAUGUCAUUUCAAAUUUAGUUUGUCAAAGUUAAUGUUGUAAGUAAAAUGCAUGUGAAUUUUGUCUUUGCUUGACAACACAAUAAAAUGUGAUUGUUCCAUCCAAGUAAGGUUCUUGAUGGGGAGAUUGCCUUGCUGCCA